AUGAAAAGAGCACACGUACAAAUACUAUUUUUGUUUGUAUUGUUGGCUUUAGUCGAUGCUCAAAUAGACAACAGGAUAGUAUUAUUUGUUGACCCAUCGUAUUCAUGUCCUACAAAUUGUAAUGCAACACAGUUUCAAAACAUAAAGGACGCAAUCAGCUCUGUCAAGGCAACCCAACAUGCCACCAUUCAACUAACAAAAAACUUGGUGUACUCUGGCGAUGGGAACACAGGUAUUUCAGUUUAUGGCUCUGUCAUUCAAAUCAAAUCAUGCCGAUCGAAAAAUGGUGGCCUUAGACUAUUCAAAUCAAAGUCAAUGUUGGCCAAUUGCAUCUUUUCUUCCAACUAUGGUUCGAAGGGAGGGUCCGUUUCAGCCAUCGAUUCAACAUUAAAGGUGUACAAUACCCAGUUCAUGUCAAACACCGCUUUGAAAUCAGGACCUUCUAUCUAUUCUGAAGGGUCGGAUAUAUCAAUUCUUGGGGCUAGUACAACCUUUACAAAUGAUGUCAUAAAAUCCAACGGACAGAAUUCCUCGAUCUAUUGUACAAAUUCCAAUGUUCAUAUUGACGACGCCACGGUUCUUCCCGUCCUUUCUUGUGACCAAUCAUGCACUUCGACCUACAAAAGCAUUUCUGCCUGCCACACCAACUCUGAAAUCUCCCCGCCAUCUACUUGUUCAAAUAAUAUCACCAAUGUUCCAACCAUCCAAGAAACUAACACAAUUUUUGCAUCCGGAAUGAUUUACGAAUCUUUUGUGGGCUCCAUAAACUCUCAAUUCAUAUCAAAGACUAUCCUACCAGAUAUUUCUAUUGAAAACUUCCUCCAAGGCUAUGAAGGAGUAGUAUUUGGCGAACUUCAAGGUUAUCUCCAAGUAAGAUCCUCAAAGUAUCUAGUGUUUCGUUUUGGUGGUAAUAACGUAGAAAUUACUCUCACUGUAAAUGGACGAACCGAGUACAAACUAAACGAAGUUGAAAUUGUAGAUAUAUCUUCAAAUCCAAUUUUUUUCGAGUCUGGUAUCAUUCACCAUAUUCAAAUUAUAAUCUCCUCCACCUCUCCACGUUCCAAACGUAGUUUUAUUGUCCAUCCUUUCCCAAGCGGUGAAAGAAUAUUUUAUUCAAAAAAUGUUUGUGGUGAUGGUAUUCCCAAUAAUCUUGAAUUUCAACAAGGAUGUUCAGAGUCGGUUUUUCCAACCUUUGAUAUUUCUGACCAAAACAAUGAUGGAGUUUGUUCCUCAUCCGAUCCGAACCUUCAUUUUAAAGAGUGUUACCGUCAAAUAUCGAAAGAUUGUGAUCCACUGUCGGUCCCUCCUGGUCAUAUUAGCCCUGAUAUUUCUGACAAUAUCCUCGAAGACCCGUAUAGAGGACUAGUUUAUCAAAUUCCACCCUCCCUACUUGCCAAACCCCUCCCUCAAUGUACCUUCUCUACUUCAACUGAGAAAUACACCACCUCUCAAGAUAUUCAAAAAUCACUUCAAGAAUCUGCCACUAUUUCCACCUCUGCUAGUGUAAAUACUAAAGUAGUUGAUGUUAGUGCCGCUUUUUCUGGAGAAAAAAGUGUUUCUGAAGCAUCUUCGAUGUCAACUUCAUCGACCCAGUCCGUUCUCAAAACCGAAAUCAAAUGUGUAUCCACUUAUAUUGAAAUAGACCAAGACUAUGUAAAGUUUGACCCUAUUUUCCUCCAAGAUGUGGCAAAUAUAAAAAAAAAGACAGAUUUGCUCCCGAUUUUCGAUAAGUAUGGCACUUAUUAUUACAAGAACGCCUACAUGGGAGGGAAAUUAGUCCAAUUGAUGUCUACCACGCAGUCGUCCUCUACCUCUACAUCUAGUUCUGAAUGGUCAGCCGCCGCAUCUGCCUCGAUGGGUGCCUCAUUAGGUCUAGGUAGUCUUUCUGCAUCUGGAUCAGUUUCUGUCAGUUACGAUACCAGUAUCUCGCAAGAACAAAUGGAUGAAAUGAGCAAGCAAUCUAGUUUAUCAAAAAUUUUAACUUGGGGCGGCAUUCCAUCAGCAUUCACACCCGAGUUUUCUUCGAAUUUUGGUUCAUAUUCUGAGUGGACAGAUACUCUGGACCUCUAUCCUGUGCCAAUUGACUAUCAACUUGGUGCCAUCCGAGAUUUAAUACCAAAGGAAUGGGCAAUUCAGCUAGAAGAUGGAGUAAAUACGACAAUUCUCGACGCUUGGGUUGAAAUGGAAAACCUUUAUUACAAUUUAAAUAAUGUUGACAUUGAUUUUGAUGAUGGAUCUACAGAUUAUAAAUUGGUUUUGUAUUUUUCUGACCCUCAUCCUUUUACUCCAAAUCAAACUCUUAUUGUUGAAUGGAUGAAUGAAAAAAAUCAGCAACAAAGAUUUGAAGUCCCUGUUCUAUUCACCAGAACCGACCCGGCAGGAAAUCAAAUAAUAUGCGAAUUCCCAAACAGUGAUGGAGGAUACUCUACAAUAGCAACAAUGGAGCCAGCGUACCAGAAUAUAGGUACUGCUUAUGGCCGAGUGAUCAUACCCAGUUUCACAAUUAAAUAUCCGAUAUCCUUUGACUUCAAAGGUCCCAAUUUCAUGACGAAUAGCUCUGUACCCCCCAAUAUUACAUUGAUGGGAAUCGGAAUAGAUCAUUCAAGAAAAUCACACAUUAUCAACUGGAAUACCGGUGAGGCUAUUCUGUUUGAUAACCAAGGAGUAUUCACACUCAAUAACCAAUUGGCAACAUUUGUCGAAUUCGAAAGAUCGCUGGCCGUUUCGAAAUCACCCACCACUGACUAUUUUUCAGAAAUCAAUGUGGGCCUCUCUGGCCAAGCAUUGUUCUCAAGAAAUCACGACUGCCGAGAAAAUUUUGAAUGGUAUAUUUUCGAUCAAGAAAUCUCUCCCUACCAGGGGACUCUUAAUCUCACGCAUAUGAUCAUGACUAUGACAUCGAGUACGGCUGUAACCACCCAAUACAGACUCGACUGGGGGAUGGUUAUGACAAACUCGGAGAUGACAUCGAAAUGGAAGGCAAAAGUCUAUGUUUAUAAUGUUGGAAACUCAAAAACCAACUUUACUUCUAUGCAACCACCAAGUCCUUGGACUUUUUUAUACUACGAUCUAAUUCCACUUUCAUCGCCAUAUGCCCCUCCUAAACAUACAUUCCAAUACUAUAACUACCGUUAUCCUCUGACGGGAGGGAGAAAUUUUAUAGGCGAAUAUUUCAACUAUAAUGCCCCAAAUGACCCUGUUCCUUUCCGUGGUGAAAACUAA